CGUGCUUGGAAUAACGUGGCUACACUUCCGGUAAAUUUGACAGUUCAUUCGCAAACAAAUACUUUGUUUUUUUAUUCACCUACGAACAGAAAUGGGAUCUAGUGGAGAAUUUGGUAAUCCUCUGCGAAAGUUCAAGCUUGUGUUUCUUGGCGAACAAAGCGUUGGCAAGACAUCGCUUAUCACAAGAUUUAUGUAUGACAGUUUUGACAACACUUAUCAGGCAACAAUUGGAAUAGACUUCUUAUCAAAAACAAUGUACCUUGAAGACAGAACGAUUCGCCUGCAACUGUGGGAUACAGCAGGGCAAGAGCGUUUCCGUAGUUUGAUACCUAGCUAUAUACGAGACUCUUCUGUGGCUGUGGUCGUCUAUGAUAUAACAAAUGCCAAUAGUUUUCAACAGACAUCCAAAUGGAUAGAUGAUGUGAGAACGGAGAGAGGCAGUGACGUUAUAAUUAUGCUGGUGGGGAACAAAACAGAUCUGUCAGAUAAAAGACAAGUCACAUCGGAAGAUGGGGAGAGAAAAGCUAAAGAAUUAAAUGUUAUGUUUAUUGAAACUAGCGCAAAAGCCGGUUAUAAUGUUAAACAGUUAUUCCGAAGAGUAGCAGCAGCAUUGCCAGGAAUGGAACAGCAGGAACCAAGAAAAGACCAGAAUAUUGAAUUACGACCAAAGGAGCCUAGCAUGGAACCAAUAGAAAACGACGGAGGAUGCAGUUGCUAGCCAUGCCCAUUAGCUGCCAUUUAUGUAUUGUGAUCGCUUCCACUUACUAAUUUUCCAUCAUAACCAUGAAUGAUUUUGCAAAUGAAUUUAAGAUGUAAGCUUUAAAAUCACGUGAGACGUGAGACGUGAUACAUUGGCUGCAUUUCAGAGACAACAGUUGUUUUUUUGUGUUAUGUCAGUUUGUGUGGAUAUUUAUAAUCUAAAUUUGCUCUUACAAAUUAUAUUCAACACGUAACUAAAACUUCAUUACGAUAUACAUUCGAAUCUUGUUAUGUCGAACUCCGUUAUUUUGAUGUUAUGGUUAUGUCGAACUUUUCCGAAUGUUCUAGGCUAAAUUAUACACUUAUUGUAUUUCGGUUAUAUCAAACGUUCGUUUUCUCGAAGUUUUCCCGAGGUCCAAACAGCUUCGACAUAACGAGUUUUGACGGUACACACUUGUGAUCUAUUGAAUUGGAGCGAAGGCUUUAUGACCAGAAACGUAACUCCAGUCCUUGAUUUUUGGAAAAGAAGUUACCUCCAAGUAGACUUUAAUAAUCGUACUUGUGUUUGAUUUUUUUGUCUGCUUUUUAUAUUGACAUCUGUAAAACUUUAGAAUUGGUGUCAUGUGAUUAUAUUUGCCUGACAGAAAAAGGAGAUAUUUACGAUAUUUAGAAGAUGAAAUCCAAUCGUACUUUACGAUUCUGUAAAUAUGUAAUAUCGUUAUUGUUUUCCACUGUGCUUUUUAAAAUCAUGGUAUACAUUUUCGGUGCAAUAUUGUAAGAACUUGAUGUACAUGUAUGCCAAUUUCGCUGUCGCCUUCGUACCAAGCGGCAAAAUAUUGUUUCGUUAAAUAAAAACAAAACCUUAUAGUUAAUAUUAAAAUUACGAAAUCAACUUUUGAUAUGAACAUGGCCCUGGUACUUGAGUAUGUGUAAACAAACAUUGGUAUGGUUAUAAAUAUAAAUAAUUAUUAUUCAAACAAAACUAUUUUGCGGUAUUUUACUCUGGUGCUUGUGGCCAUUUUAAUCGACAAAAUUGAAUGCGUUGAACUGCUUAGAUUCGUUCGAGAUAAAAAAAAUAAAGAAAACUACGACUGAGCCAUAUUGCCUAUGCUUGUUGGUGUGAAUAUGUUGUGUUUUAUAUUUAAUUAAAGCUGCACUCUCACAGAUUGAACGUUUUGACAUUUUUUUUUAUUUUUUUUUUUUGUCUUGGAAUGAGCCAAUUUUUGCGUAAAUCUCUGCAAACGAGUGAUAUAAGACUGCGGGCAAAAGAUCAGACCGCAAAUUUUCAUAUUUCCGUUCGAAUAAUAUUUUUAUGGCUUAAAGCGUUACUAACGGUUUAAAAAAAAUGCAUAAAACAGCAAUUUUUAACUUAAAUAUGAAAAUCUGCAAUCUGAUUUUUUGUUAGCUGUCUCGUAUCAAUUAAUGGUUUCCAUGCUUUUCCGCACAAAUUGGCUCGUUCCAAGACAAAAAAAUAUUAAAGUUGUCGAAACAUUCAAUCUUUGAAAGUGCAGCUUUAUUAUUGGAACUAGACACUAUAUUAACCUAAAAAGUUUCCCUUUUUGGCAUCUUUGAUUUAGCAUGUACAAUAUCGAGAGGCGAAAGCAGAAAGGUUCUAUCUCUUAUUUAUUUAAUGCUACUUGAAAGCUUCUCGCUUUCACUCCAUGAUAUGACAAUUUUACUAGAGGCUAUUGUUUGUACAUUGCAUAAAUUUAUGUAUAUACUUUGUUUCUUAAAUAUAUUACGCUUUCACAUUUUAUAUUGCAUUGUAAAUGUUCUGCGGAAUACAGCUAACCAUAUGUUGUGAUAUGUAAAUCGGUCAAUCUUCACUGAUAAUGUGAAUAAACUUCUAACGAACAGCUAUGUUGUUUUUAAAGUGACACUCUUAUUCAAAAUCAAUACAUACACAUGUAUUACAAACAUAAAUUUUGAGAGAUAAACCUUUUACUACUUACUAAAUAAUGCAUUUAUGGAAAUAUUAAUUACUAAUAACAAGAUUGUUACCGUGUAUAAAACGCAAAAAAAUUAAAUGAUUGGUGAUGCUGAAAGAUUUACCGUGUUUUCUGCACCUUUCUGUUUUCGACAUUUAUUCAUCCUCCUCUUUGGUAAAUUGAAACAAUUGUUUUAAUUGUGUAAAUCUUAUUUUGGAGUAAGAGGGCAUCUUUUAAGGAAAGACUGCCCAAAACUUACAAGGUGAACCCUUAUUAACAUAUAUAUAUCGGCAUGUACACCUUUUAGAACCUUUUCGCAUUUACCCCUUGACAUUUUAUGUACUCAUACACAGGGUACAGAAGCAAGUGCAAAAAGUGACAAUCAUAAAGAUCAUUCGCAGGUCUCGCGGUAUUUUUGGUACACAAUUACUCUAUUGGCGAAUAUUCCAUCAACCGAUAGUUGUAAAAUCGAUGGGUCACUCUCUUGAGAUGUGACGGGGUCAAGCCAUAAUGCACCCACUAUUAGACGCCGGCCUAUCUUUAUCAAGUUAACAACAAUAACGGCUUUUUUAUGUUUCCCUUGCUAUUAUACAAUACAUGCACAUAUAUUAUAUAGAGGCUAGGAAAACAUGAACAAAGUUUGCUCGUCCUCUGUGGACUCACAGAUAUUAUGGUGGCAACACUGUUGAAACUGAAUUUAACUCGCCUUUAAUGACCAAACAGCAACUGACAGAUAAUCGUGUGGACAUAGUAUGUAAAUCCAGGCAUGAAAUAAUCUUAUUUUGAAAGGCGUAACUAACUGUUCUCGGCAAUAACAUGGGACUCCUUAUUUGAACUUGUGAUGUUUAUUUUUAAAACAAGCAUUGUAUUCACAUUUCAUACGAAACCAAAACAAAUCGACGGCCUUGUAAAGCGGGAAUGAGUCCGUUUAAUCUGGCGAAUAUGAGUGGCUCUGUGGCUCUCAUUCCAUAAUAGGACAAAUUAAUGCCAGUGCCAAAAUGCUGUUCUCUGAAUAUACUCAGAAAUGUUUGAGAACACUUUACGCCAGUAUAUUUCUAAGCUUUUAAUGAUCCGUACGUCUGUAAGAGGACACACACGCACGCACGUACGCAAAACUGAAACAUUGUAUGCACUGUAUACCUCUGUAAGAGACACUAUGCUAGCAUUCAUAACAAACUGCAUAAUUGUAUGCACUGUAUUAUAUUUCAACUGCAUGUGCUUCAUUUUCGACGCUCAAUACCUCUGUAAGAGACACUAUGCUAGCAUUCAUUCCAAACUGCAUAAUUGUAUGCACUCUAGUAUUUCCACGUGUAUAAGCUUUCGAGUGCCGUGUCUCUGUCAGAGAUAAACGCACCUUUUCACUGUGCUAGCAUUCAUAUCAAUCUGCAUAAUUAUAUGCACUCUAGUAUUUGAACGUGUUUAGCUUUCCAUGUUCUGUUCAACGACAACUUUGUCAGACGGCAUACAGACCAAGUCCUUAACCGACCAAUCAGAUAUUGAAUUACGACCGAAGGAGCCUAGCAUUGAACCAAAAGAAAACGACGGAGGAUGCUGUUGCUAGCCAAGCCCACUAGCUGCCAUUUAUGUAUUGUGACCGCUUCCACUUACUAAUUUCCCAUCAUAACCAUGAAUGAUUGUGCAAAUGAAUUUAAGAUGUGAGCUGUAAAAUCUCUUGAGACGUGAGACAUUGGCUGCAUUUCAGAGACAACAGUUGUUUUUGUGUUAUGUCAGUUUGUGUGGAUAUUUAUAAUCUAAAUUUGCUGUUUCAAAUUAUAUUCAGUUCGUAACUAAAUCUUCAUGCAAUAUAGAGUCGAAUCUCGUUACGUCGAACUAUGCUAUUUCAAUGAUAUGGUAAUGUCGAACUUUUUUCAAAUGUGCUGGGUUAAAUAAUACACUUGUUGUAUUUCGGUUAUAUCAAACGCUCGUUUUCUCGAAGUUUUCCCGAGGUCCCAGCAACAUCGAAAUAACGAGUUUUGGCGGUACAAACUUGUGAAACAUAACUCCAGUCUUUGCCGGAAAAGUAGUUACCUCCAAGUAGACUGUUAUAAUCGUACUUGUGUUUGAUUUUGUGUCUGCUGUAUAUAUCGACAUGGAAUUGGUGUCAUGUGAUUAUAUUUGCCUGACAUAAAAUAUUAUUUACUAUAUUUAUAAGAUGAAAUCCAAUUGUACUUUACAAUUCUGUAAAUAUGUAAUAUCGUUAUUGUUUUUUUACUGUGCUUUUUAAAACCAAAAGUAUACAUUUUUCGGUGCAAUAUCGUAAGAAAUUGAUGUACAUGUAUGCUCUUUUCGCUGUCGUCUUCGUAACAAGUGGCAACAUAUUUUUUUAUUAAAUAAAAAACAAAACCUCAUAGUUAAUAUUAAAAUUACGACAUCAACUUGUUAUAUGAACAUGGCCCUGGUACUUGAGUAUGUGUAAACAAACAUUGGUAUGGUUAUAAAUAUAAAUAAUUAUUAUUCAAACAAAACUAUUUUGCGGUAUUUUACUCUGGUGCAAAGUGGCCAUUUUAAUCGACAAAAUUGAAUGUUUUGAACUGCUUAGAUUCGUUCGAGAUGAAAAAAAUAAAGAAAACUACGACUGAGCCAUAUUGCCUAUGCUUGUUGGUGUGGACUUGUCGUGUUUUGUAUUUACUUAAAGCUGCAUUCUCACAGAUUGAACGUUUUGACAACUUUUUUUAGUUUUUGUCUUGGAACGAGUCGGGUUUUUUUACGAAAAUGCAUGGCAUCCAGUGAUAUAAGACUGCUGACAAAAAGGAAGCAGAUUUUUAUAUUAAAGUUCAAAAAUUGAUGUUUUAUGCAUUUUUGUUAAACCGUUAGGUACGGUAUAAGUCAUAAAACAUUAAUUUUCGAACGAAAAUAUGAAAAUCUGCGAUCUGAUCUUUUGUCAGUAAUGUUUUAUCAUUGGUUUGCCGAUAUCUACGCAAAACUUUGCUCUUUCCAAGACAAAAAAACUUGUAAAAAUGGUGAAUCUGUGAGAUGACGCUUAAAUGUUGGAACUAGCCACUAUAUUAACCUAAAAAAGUAUCCCUUUUUGGCAUCUUUGAUUUAACAUGUACAAUUUUAUGUCCAGAUCGAGAGACGAAAGCAUAAAGGUUCUAUCUCUUGUUUAUUUAAUACUACUCAAAACCUUCUCGCGUUCACUCCUUGAUAUGACAAUUUUACUAAAGACUAGAGUUUGUAAAUUGCAAUAGUUUAUGUAUAUACUUUGUUUCUUAAAUAUAUUACGCUUUCACAAUUUGUAUUACAUUGUAAAUGUUCUGUGGAACACAGCUAACCAUAUGUUGUGAUAUGUAAAUCGGUCAAUCUUCACUGAUAAUGUGAAUAAACUUCUAACGAACA